UGGAUCCCAGUAACCUACACCAUUUCUUUCUUUUUUCAAGCCUGAGGCAUCCACAACUUGCUUGCUGCCCUUCAUAAGCACCUGAUCAGCGAGCUCUCAGCAACAAAGAUGAAGAUCGGGAAGACUACGGAGAUCUUGAAGAAGGCGGCGGCGGUGUGCAAGAGCAAGACCGCCAGGCUCCUCAUCCUGACCUCGCUUCAGCGCCGCAGGAUGAUCUCGGGCCCCAUGGUCUCUAAGAAGAUCCACGCACUUACUCUGGCCGACCGGCAGAGAGUGGACUAUCGCAAGGCUUUUGCGCACGGCACAAUCGAGAAGAGACUAGUCAUCGUCCAGGGCGGUGACUUUGCAGCCAAUCAGUCUCAUCAGUUGGAGAUGUUGGCUCAAGAUGAUGGUCAUGGUGGCUGCCAAGCUGACUGGUCACUACAUCCCCUCUUCAACGACGAUCAUGUCAACUGCUGUUACAGUGGUGAUGAUGAUGAUGCGGAUGUGCCACUGGAUGUGUGCGAUCAAGACGACGAUGAUGAGCUGUUGGUCCUGGAUAUGAUCAGGAGCAAGAGAGAGGCUGAGGGGUUGGAGUUCAACAUGGAGGAAGAGAUUGACCAGGCUGCCGAUAUGUUCAUCAAGAGGUUCCGGCAACGGCUGAAGAAUGGGUUCUAGCUAGGGUCAAGCUUCCACAUGGAUGUACCUUGGCCUAGGUCUUGUCCUUUUUUUCCCGAGUGUCCACAUGAUGGAAAUUUUUGUAGAAAUCAAUACGAGUAGGAGUUGGUA